AUGGAACUGAGUGGGCUGAGCAUUAAUGAAGAGGACCAUCUAAACCUGGGACCUUCCAUCUCAGCUGAAACCAACAGGCGGGAUGAAGGUGCUGACAUGAUGAAGAACAUGGAGACUGACCCGAAGAAGAGAAAGGGAACUGUGGAGAGUGAGGAACAGCAGAUGAAACUGGAGAAUGACAAGGAGAGUCUGUAUGAGUUGCCAGAGAGCGUCCGUGCCUCCUCUGCCAACAAGACCCAGGAGAUGCUCUCCAUCCAGAUGCUGAGCGGCAUUCCUGAAGCGGACCUCGGAACUGACGCAAACAUAAAAAACACCACCACAGCUGAAGAGGCCAAGGCCAAGGUGCUGGCAGAGGAGGAGAACAAAAAGAAAGACAGCAAAACUUCCUUUGUUAUCACCAACACGGCUGUUAACUAUGUCCAGCCCAACAGAUGGUCUCCUCCAAAUCGCAAGCGACCAGCCAAUGAAAGAGCAGGAGAUGAUUAUUAUUAUGACAAGAAAGUCAAGAAGAUGAAGGGACAGGAAAUAAUGCUGCCUCCUCUUCCUUUAGAACGGUCACCAGCAAAUCGCAAACGCCCACUCAAUGAAGAAACAGCAGAUGAUUAUAACAAACUCAAGAAGAUAUGGCCAUUGUUGAAGAGCGCAAACAUAAAAAACACCACCUCAACUGAAGAGGCCAAGGCCAAGGUGCUGGCAGAGGACGAGAACAAAAAGAAAGACAGGAAAACUUCCUUUGUUCCCACCAACAUGGCUGUUAACUAUGUCCAGCCCAACAGAUGGUCUCCUCCAAAUCGCAAACGUCCAGCCAAUGAAAGAGCAGGAGAUGAUUAUUAUUACAAGAAAUUCAAGAAGAUGAAGGCACUGGAAAUAAGACGGCCUCCUCUUCCUUUAGAAGGGUCACCAGCAAAUCGCAAACGCCCGCUCAGCGAAAAAACAGAAGAUGAUUAUGACAAACUCAAGAAGAUUUGUAGGCAAUACUGA